AUGGCGUUUGAAAAUAUCCAAGAACCAGACGGGGAGAUCCUAAAGAAUGUAUGGGCGAAUUUCAUCAGAAAACCAGAAACUGAUGAACGAUCACCAGAAGUUUCUACCGUUUGGGAAGCAUUGCCUACCAUUGAUGACGUACCAGGAGAAUCUAAAGACGACAUGAGUCACAUGACAAAGCUUCCAAGCCUAGAUAUGUCGAUGGAGGUGAAAGAAUGGGCAGAGAUUAUUGACGCCAUUGCUUCUUUCCCAAACGAAACCAAUCAUGACCCAUUAACCAACCCUACCGGUUCCUGUUCUUUGUCUUCUCGUGUUUCUUGCAAAACAAGGAAAUACGUGGGGGAAAUUUGCAGCCGAAACGGUGCUAGGGUUUGGCUCGGGACGUUCAAGACUGCAGAAGAAGCAGCUAUGGCUUACGACAAAGCCGCGGUUAGAACUAGAGGAAUUCAAAAAGCUCACACCAACUUUGAACUCGAGAUGUUUAUAAAAGCUAUGGAAAUGGAUUGCCCUCCCAAGUUACUAUUGAAAUUAAACUUGAUUUUGAUCAAGGUUUAA